AUGGCCGACGUCCCGACGUCCCCGCGCCCCGAGGCCGAACAGCCCGCCCAGGCGCCUUUGUCUUCGUCCUUCUCACAAGGCCAGAAGGCCCCCCUUGCCGGCUCACCACCCGACAACAAGCUUGGCACCGAUACAACAACGGCCAUCAUCCCCACGUUAGAAGCAGAUGCCGCGGUUGAAAACGAGGCCGUCGACGAAGACCUUCUUCCGAAGCUCGAUCCCGCCGGUUUCUUCACCCUUGUCUCCAACUCGACGGCCAACACCACCCAUCACCCGACCGUCAAGUACAUCUUCCUAGACGACGACCCGGAUACCCUCACAACCGCGCUCGCAGCGCACCACUCCUCGAAUCAAAUCUCGACACCCUCGGCCUCGACCUCCAAGUCCGGGCCCGGAAAGAACCCGAACCCCAACCCGAACCGAGCCGUCCUCCUCGAUGUCGUACCAGGCGAAGACGGCCAGUGGAAGGUUUCCUCCGUCGCUAGCCUCAGUGCAGACUUUGCCGUGACCGACGCCAGCAUAUCUCGUCAAGAGGGCGAGAAGGAGGGCGGGCUGGUGCUCAAGAUUGAGGGCGUCGAAAGCGAGAGCGCCACGACGAUGGUUGACAAGGAGAAGGAUCGUGCAGAGAGCUUGCCCAGCUCUAAUAGCGGUGUGGUCAAGUCUGGGAGCGAGGAGUAUGGACCGCUGCUCGAGGAUUUCGAGCGCAAGAUGAGCGUCCUUCGACGGGUUGUCAAGGCUGGUGAGGGUCGCGCUGAGAAAGCGCGUGAGACAAGGCCUUCUGAUGUCGAGGCUGAGCCGGCUGAGGAAUGA